GGUCUUGAGAGUUGAAACUGCAGUCCAAGAGAGCUGCUAGCUGUCCUCACCGGUCUGGCGAGUUCUGUUCUGGAUAUCGCCGUGUAUCGGAGACGAUAUGGCGGGCAUUGACUCGGAAGAACCGGCCAUUCCCAACAUGACGACGAUAUCUCGGCAUAAUUUCGGCGAUGAUACUGUCGAACCGGUCUUCUCCAUCUCCAUCAUCGAGGUUCCUCCAUCUCUCUUUCUUAAUUCUUUAAUAGCAAUUUAGAAAGAAAAAACAACAAAUCGAGUACUAGAUCCGGAUUGGUGAUGCGUUCUUUUGGGUGGGUUUAUGUAGAAAUUGGAUUUUGGAGGUUUGAUUCUCUGCGGCAGAUGUCAUUCAUUCUUUGGUGAAUUGCUGAUGUGGCCACUUACAAUUGGAGAUGAUGUUUAGAUGGAUGCCACGUAUGUGAAAAUUGGCCCAAGUGUUUAAAACUUUAAAAAGCCUAAAACCCUCAACACAAACUGCAAAACGGAACGAGCGGUGCUCCUCCGCUGGUACGAGCUCCGUCUCCUACGCUGCACCCUCCCUUCAUCUCCGCCGUCCGAUUCUCCACCGCCGCCUCCUCAACCGCAGCCGUCCGAUCAUCAUCGAAUUCACUCUUCACUCCUCAACGACCUCCUCUCUUCAAUCGAGGCCGGCGACUAUCUCCGCGCCCUAUCCUCCGACGCCGCCGCACUCGUCCUCCGACAACUCGCCGAUGACGAGUCCUCCUCCUCCGCCGACCGAGUCUACUCCGAGUUGCUCCGUCGCGUCGAGUCCUUCCUUGUUUCAGAACCCGAAGACGACGAGGACAAGGCUUAUAGAGCGUUGCUCGUGGUCAGCAUCGCCGUCGCCGCGUUCCUCGCCUUCACUCAGUGCAACAUGACUGGGCCUUUGAAGGAAAUGGCAAAAUGUCCAUUGGCAUUGAAGAAAGUGGGUGGUAAAGGAGAAGAUGAGGAAUUGGUGGAAUGGGAAAACUGGGCUCGUAAUCAGCUAAUGGCUGCUGGCUCUGACUUGCUUGGAAAGUUCUCUAAUCUUCAGUAUUUAGUUUUUGCUAAGAUGUUGCUCACAAGGACAAGAGACUUGUUAUUUGGAGAAAGUGUGUCUUCCACGUAUGGAAUUAGUAGCAUCUCAUGGUGGCUCGCUAGGUUCAUAUUUCUUCAACAGAGAAUUUUGGAUGAGCGGUCAUCUUCCUUGUUUGAUUUAUUGCACGUCUAUGUGGGCGAGACUCUACAUCACUUUGACACUUUGGAAAAAGUGACGAGUUAUUUUGGUUCAAGUUUACACAAUGAAGAUGCUUUAGCAAUCAUCUCGAUGGUUCAUUUAGAAGCUGGGAUAAUGGAAUACAACUAUGGAAGAGUUGAUUCUUGCAGGCAACAUUUUGAGUCAGCUGAAGUGGCAGCUGGGCUUCAGCUUUCUGUUACUGGGAUUCUUGGCUUCCGUACUGUACAUCAGGUACAACCUAAGGCACAGAGUGUACUUGUUACCAACACAAGCUCAUCCAACUGUGUCAGUAAUUGCCCCUUAGAAAGCUCUGGUGUCCAGGCCCACAAGUCUAGUGUUGGAGAAGAUAAUUUGCAUCUACGUCAACCUGAAACCUCUGAUAUAUUGAUGACCCCAAAAUUGUUAGUGGAUAAUGAUGAAGGAAGUAGAUUGCAAGGCAUUCAAAAUGGGGGUCCUGCUACAGCCCCUUUGAGGGGGAUCCAACAGGCAGUGAUUCUGGUCCGAUGCCUUCUUAUUGAAAAGAGCACUCCACAUGGUGAAAUGCAGGGAUGGGAUAUGGCUCCAUAUAUAGACGCAAUUGAUUCUCAGCAGUUGUCAUACUUCAUUAUACAGUGUUUCUGUGACAUCUUACGUAUUCGAUGGGAAUCGACUCGCAGUCGCACAAAGGAGCAUGCAUUACUGAUGAUGGAUAAACUGGUCCAGAGUGUCAGUGAGCCUUCUCCAGGAGUGGCACAACGAAUUCCUUUUUGUUUUGGGGUUUAUAUCCCUACUAUUCCUGCCUUGCGAAAGGAAUAUGGUGAACUUUUAGUGCGCUGUCAUUUAAUUGGUGAGGCAGUUAAAAUUUUUGAGGAUUUAGAAUUAUGGGAUAAUCUUAUAUUUUGCUACCGCUUAUUGGAGAAGAAAGCAGCAGCUGUUGAACUCAUCAAGAAAUGACUAUCUGAAAUGCCUAAUGACUCCAGGUUAUGGUGUUCAUUGGGUGAUGUUACAAAUGAUGAUGCUUGCUACCAAAAAGCCCUGGAAGUUUCAAAUGAUAAGUCAGCUAGAGCUAAGCGAUCCCUUGCUCGUAGUGCAUACAAUAGAGGGGACUAUCAGACAUCUAAAAUCCUUUGGGAAUCUGCAAUGGCCUUGAUCUUGUAUCCAGAUGGUUGGUUUGCCCUUGGGGCUGCUGCUUUGAAGGCUAGAGAUGUUCAGAAGGCUCUGGAUGGAUUUAUUCGUGCUGUUCAACUUGAUCCUGAUAACGGGGAGGCUUGGAACAAUAUUGCUUGUUUGCAUAUGAUCAACAAGAGGAGCAAAGAGUCUUUCAUUGCGUUUAAAGAAGCUCUUAAGUUCAAGCGAGAUAGCUGGCAGUUGUGGGAGAAUUACUGUCAUGUUGCUUUGGAUGUGGGCAAUAUUGAUCAGGCUCUGGAAGCUAUACAGAAGGUUUCGGACAUGACUAGUAAUAAAAGAAUUGACAUUGAAUUAUUAAAGAGGAUUAUGAUAGAGGUGGAAAGAAGGGCUUCAACUGAUCAUUCUGGAUCUCCUUUGAUGACCAAUGACGAUAAUUUUACUUAUCAAGAAUGUCCGGCUGAUUCUCAAAUAGACAGUCUUAAUGAGUCAACAAAUGCACAGUCUGUGGAGAGAUGGUCAAGGGAAACUGAGCAUUUGGAGAUUCUUGGGAAAGUUCUACAGCGGAUGGUUCGAAGUGACGGUAGAGCAGAUAUCUGGGGCUUAUAUGCAAGGUGGCACAAAAUCAAAGGAGAUUUGACAAUGUGCUCUGCAGCCCUCUUAAAGCAAGUUAGAUCAUAUCAGGGAUCUGAUUUAUGGAAAGAUAGAGAUCGUUUUAAAAGUUUUGCACAAGCCUCCUUGGACCUUUGCAAGGUAUACAUGGAAAUUUCUUCAUCUACUGGUAGCCGUCGGGAACUCCUUGCAGCUGAGAUGCAUCUAAAGAACAUAAUUAAACAGGCGGAGAGCUUCUCAGACACAGAAGAAUUUAGAGGUCUUCAGGCUUGCCUUGAUGAAGUGAAGAUGAAGCUCCAAUCCAGUCCUUUGCCUACCUAAAUUAUUUGAUGAUGCCCCUUGGAUAUGUUAUUUACCUUCUUAACACAAGGGAUAUUGGAGUUUAGAAUGCAAGCCUUUUUGAUGGAUGUUUGCAGGGUGUCAAAAGAAUACAAGUACAUGAUAUAGCCAAAUUCUUUUUAUCAUAAUUGAUUCUUUUGCUUCCCAAGGAGAAGAGUAGAUGAAUGGAUGAAUGCCUACAAUUGAUUUUACUCAUGAAUUAAACCGUUGACCAUCAGAUUGAUCACUUCUGGGUAUCUCUAGCUUCACCACCGGGGGUGGGGGGAAGAGAAGAAGAAAUCGCGGAGUUCAGCCAUUGUUGUAUCUAUAUGGACAGCAGCUCUACUUCGAUAAUAGUCCCUAGGAAAUUAAAUGAAGUUUAAAAUAAUUGUGAAAAAGUGUGGUUCUGAAACCACCUAACCAUUUAAUUUAUGAGAUGUGCUUUUCCUAAGAA